AUGGGGUUAGAAGGUGUAGGAAUGGGCGAUGGGUUCGGCCUCGGCCUGGGAGCGGCCGCAGUAGCCCUUAUCGGAAGGCUCGGUAAUCGAGGGUUGUCGAUGAUGAAUACGUACAUAACGAGGAAUUAUACGGCAAAGUUGGAGAUCACCAACUCUGAUAUCGCAUACGAGUGGAUGCUGGGGCAUCUUGCGUCGAGAAGAGAUUUCACUGCGCAUUAUCAAAUCGGAACUAGCUUUAAAAAGACGCAGGCUGGCGCUAUAAAGAAACUUGAUUUCAAUCUUCAACCCACUGCUGGAACGCAUUAUCUUUGGGAGAAAAAGCCUGGCGAGUGGAUUCCUAGGCCAAUUAAAGUCGAAAGAACACGGUCACAGCCUACAGCAUCUAAUGUGCCUUUUGAAACAAUAAUUUUGGAGACGUUUUGCUCGAAUAAAACUGAAGGAAGAGAGCGAAUGCUUGAAAUCUUAGAAACAGCAAGGGCAGAGGCUUUUGCAAAGAUGGAUACAUCGAUGACUACGCAAAUUUAUGGCACUAAUGGACAAGAAUGGUCUCUUCUCUCGACUCAAUCGAAGAGGCCUCUUAGCUCGAUUAUUCUCGAUCCCAUGGAAUGCGAGAGGAUAUUGAAAGAUCUGAAGAGUUUUGUUGGUAAUAAAGCCUGGUACGAUGGAAUGGGCAUUCCCUACCGUAGAGGAUAUCUUUUCUAUGGAACACCAGGCUCUGGAAAAACAGCUCUGAUUACAGCACUCGCCGGCGAGCUGAAGUACUCGAUCGCUCUGAUAAACAUGGCCGAUCACAUGAUGGACGACUCUAGAUUUUUGCAUUUAUUGAACAAAGCACCUCCAGACACGAUUAUUGUUCUGGAAGAUAUCGACUGCGCCUUUCAAGAUCGAGCGAAGCUAAUUGAGGGCGAUAAAAGAUUUGCUGGAAUGUCUGGUGGUGUUACGCAUUCUGGCUUGUUAAAUGCUAUCGAUGGAGUGACGAAUUCCGAUGGAAGGAUUCUAGUGAUGACAACAAAUUAUAUUGAACGACUGGAUAGUGCUCUGAUACGUCCAGGUCGAGUGGAUUUCGCGAGAGAGUUCAAAAACGCAUCUGAUGCGCAGAUCUGCGGAAUGUUCUUGAGGUUUUUCCCCGACUCACCGGAUACUCACGCUUGGAAUUUCUUGACUGGCGUGCGAAGUCAUAACGCAGAUAUCUCGAUGGCAAGGCUACAAGCUUACAUGAUGAGCCACCGGGACCCGGUCAAAGCGAUGGAAAAUACUGCCAAACUUGCGUCAAACACCUCUAGUACCGCCUUCGACGGCUCUGACCCAGUUGCUCCUCCUGAACUUGAACUGAGUCACUUUCUCGGGAAAAGCUAG